AACAGCAGACAAGCUCCCUGACUCGUUGUGUUGAAUACAAAUAGUUAAUGUGGUCUGGGCUCAGACUGUCUUUUCCCAUCGCUCACGUUUUUUUUUCCGUACUCGGCUUUGCUCGAGCUCGCAGAACACGCUGUCUAAGAAUCUAUCAGUGCGCUGAGUCGGCAAGAUGUACUGGCAGCAAGAUCAGAGACAACAGCAAGGCAUGCACGGUGGCGGUGGUAGAGGCAACAUGCAGCAAGCAUCACACCAGCAGACUAUGCAGGGCAGAGCCAACAUGCAGCAAGCAUCAUCAGGAUGGGGCUCACCGCCAGGCACUGGCAGCACCAGACCUAGCCUGUUGGACAUGAGCGGCAAUCUCAGGAAUGACCCAGGCAUGAGGAGUCCUACGUUUGGUUCCCCUCAAGGUUCCAACCUAGGAUCCAGCCGUGGCGGAGGGCUCCUGCCCAGCCCAUCAAUGGGCAUGAGAACGCCUCGUGACAUGCUGGGCAAGUUGGAUAAUGACAUUGAUGAGUUAAUGGCAACCAAGAUCAGAAUCCAGCAAGCCAUGCUGUCCGCAGCUUCCGAUGAGGGCGGAGCCGAUCGGCAACAAGGAUUUCAGCCCCAAGCCAGGGCCAAUAUGAACCAACAGCGACAGCAGCGACAACCGCAGCAACAGCAGCAGCGACAAGGGCCACAGCAGCAGCAGCAAUACCAGCAGCAAGACAGACGCCGCAAUUCCUCCGGCGGACCAAUGGGACGCAACGGUGUGGGCGGGGCCAGGCCGGGCAAUGGGAUGAGAGACGGGGGAGCUGGGAGACGCCAAGGAGGGGCCGGGGCCAGCAGAGGAAGAGGGAGGGAAGCACCGGGGGCUGGGAACAGGGAACGGCGCAACAGCAAUCGCGGACAGAACAUGCAACGGAAGAGGAGUAACUCGGAGAUCUAUGAUCCGGCUAGACCAACUGAUGACGAGGUGACCAGUAUUGGGCGGCCAGUUGAUGACCUGCAGGUGACCAUCCGGCAGCAGUCCCGAGGCAGGGCAGUGACUGACGAGGGAGGUCCGGUUCGGAAGAAGCCCAUGCAGAGUCCCCGACAGAACUCCAGCACAGCGACCAGCGUAGACAUGGAGGCUGAGAAGAACAGCAGCUGGUUCUGCCACGUCUGCAGCGUGACCUGCCGUAAUAUCAAGGUGUACCAGACCCACAUGACAGGCAAGAAGCAUCUGGAGGCUAUGGAAAAGAUCCGCGAGGUGGCAACAUUCCAGAGUGACCAGGCAAAAGCGCGACUGCAGGCCCAGAACUACCUGCGCAAACUGGAGAGCGGGGGAGGGAGCGGUGGGCGCGGUGGUGGUGAGGGGCGUGGUGCUGAGAGGCGCGAUAGUGAACAAAGGGCACCCCAGCGGUAUUGCCGAGACUGCCACCGAUAUUUCAGAGGAGAGCGCUUUGAUCACUUGAAGAGCGAAGCCCACAAGGAUGCGAAGAAGAAGUCCAAGCCGCACUGCGCUGCCUGUGACUUGAGCUUCAAGACGACACAGAAAUAUGUCCAGCACUGCAAGGGAGACAUGCACAAGAAGCGAAGGGGCCAGCAAUCUCAGGAAGGGACAUCCACUGAAGAAGAGAACUACGUGACUGUGGAUGCGGUGGGGUUCGACGAUGACAUUGACCUGGAUGCUGAGCUGUUGGAGAUGCAGCUAAAGGCCGAGGAAGAGGACCAUCCACCAGAACCUACACCUUCAAAGGAAACAGAGGAUGUAGUUAUCAUCAGCGACAAUGAAGAGAGCAGAGAGCCUUCUCAAGAGAAAGAGGUAGUGGUUGUAUUUGCUGAAUCAGACCACCAAGACAUGCCUGAUCUUGAGCCAGCAUCUGAGGAUGAAACCUCAGCCAAAGAAGAUCUUGAUCAGGCCUCUACCUCACAGCCUGUUGAUGAGCCUUCUGGGUCCACAGUUCCUGAUGUCCAGGUCAUUGAGCCAGCCAAGGAAGAAACCACAGAAUCCCCUAUGGCGGUACAGGAAGGCACUACCAACAAGUCCGUUGCUCUCUGUCCAGAUGGGUCAGAUUCAGCUUCUCAUUCGGGCUUAAAGAAUCUAAAAAUCACUGUGACCUUUGACAACCAGCCUUUGUCUGACUUGCAGUCUGCCUCUGAUGUACAGGAGGGUGAGCAUGGUGAAACCCAGUCGGCUGGUCCAAGUGUUCCUUCUGGUGAGUCUGAAUCGGUGGCAGCGGUGGGAUCAGAGGAUCAGGCUGAGGAUCAGGCUGGGGAUCAGGCUGAGGAUCAGGCUGAGGCUCAGGCUGAGGUUCAGGCCAAGGCAGAGCAGACCCAGUCUGAUCAGGCCCAGUCUUCUGAAGUUGUUGGGGAAAGCGAAGGGGCGACGCCCAUGGAUGUGGAGCCAACCUCUGGGGUUUCAGCAACUCCCGAACAACAGCAACAGGAAGAACAAAAACAACAAGAAGACAUAACAGAGCUGGUAUUUGAUCCCAACAAAUCUGUUGGUCAGGAGUAUCUAGUUCCAGUCUCUGGCUUCUUCUGUAAGCUUUGUCACAAGUUCCUGACUUCAGACAAGGCCAGCCGUGCCCACUGCAAGGGGAAGAGCCAUUUCCAAGCUGUCAAGGCAUCGUUGAAGAAGACCAAGUCAGUUGAUGACUCCUCUGAACCUAACAGCCAGGCCAGCAACUAGACAAGUAAUGAACAUCACCUCAGGGAGUGGCUAGAUUCAGUGGUAUGGCCCCAAGUCACUCAAGUUAAACAUGCCUCCUAUAAAGAACGUGGGAUUCCAGAUCAUUAAAAGAGCCAAGUCAUCCGACAUUUGACCCUCAAGCCAUCGUCUGCCAUGGCCCAAGAGUUGCCAGCGAGGUCAUCAUCAUUAGAUAACUUGUGUUGAAACUGUACUAACAGGUUCUUCUUGUCUAAAUCUAGUACAGGUGUUUGAAUGGAUGAAUCAUAUUAAUCUUUCAAAUAAGUAUAUAAAAAGUAGAUUUUUAUGUAAUCAAUAUUAUCAGCUGAUGGGGUGAUGAUUUGUAGAUUUGUUUUUUUGUUUUGUUAUGUUUUCCGUGUUUUUAUCAGGAGAAAGAAUAACGAGUUAGGUAUAUGGGUCUCAGGUAAUUCAGGAUAAUCGAAUGCUCAUUGAAGGUGCAUGAAUGCACAUUUAGACGGUCGCACAAUGCUCGUGUGCUAAUUACCAGCAGAAUGGGCGUUAGCUUAAUAUCGCAUUCAGUGAUUUUAUCCCGAAUGACCAUUGACCUGCACUACUUCAUCGAGAUCGCUUAUUGUUUUGAAACGUUACCAUUAUUAUCAGGACAAAAAAUGUCUGUCGCAUUAAGCUUAUCAACCUUGAGGAGCUUUACAGAGUUUCUUGGGACCCUAGAUGUAGCUCUGCUUUUUAAGGGGUCAGUGUUUAUUUUUCCUUCAGGUAUUAAAAUAAUGAGAACAGGAAAAAAUAAUAAUCAAUACAUUUAGAUACUUGCAAACAAAGUUGACAUUGUUUCUGACUUUUAGUGAAUGUGCCAAAAUGUAUAUAGCGGCACCAUUUUCGGAGCAUAAACAUAUCCAAACUGUAUCCAACGUAAUAGACUUAAUUAACGUGUUACAAUUCAAAAGUUACAUUUUUACAAUCUUUCAUUUUUUGAUUGAAGUUGAGGUACAAAAGUGCUUUAAUGAAUGAUUUUUACCGCUGGGCGAGUUACCUGAGUACUCCUGAGUAGUUAAUGAUAUUCGUUCUACUCGUGGUUUUUCUUGUACUUGAGUGCUCAUCCUGCCGCGAGUAGAAAUAGGAGCUCGUGAGUAGCAAUUUAGGGUUAGGUUUCAUUGAUAUUUAUAUACACAGAUAACAACAAAAAAUCUGGAAAAGAUUUUAAGGAAAACGAUGUAGGCAGACCGUUAUUUGAAGUUUGGUGAAUUUGUGUAUAAAUUUCAUUUAAGUUUCUGAAAUUCAUAAGACAAUGUACAUGUAUUUUCGAACUAUCUCAGGAAAAUGCUGCUAAAAAUCCACAAUACUUUUGGAAGCUCUGUAGGAUGCAUGUUUCUGCUGCCUUCUUGCGUCCUUCCUUUCAUGUGAAGAUGGAUUUUGUUUUCAUUGAGAGUUUGCACAUGCGCAAGUGAAAUGUCGAAUUGGCUUAUCCAUCACAUCCUGUACAGAAGUGUUCAAAUAGUUUGCAGGAUCAAUUGAACAGUCACUGUUUGAUAAUAUGGGGCUUGAUGACCGAGUUCUGUUUAUUGACUCUUCGUCACCUCUCACAAUCGAUUCUCCUGAAAGAGACCAUUGCUGGCACGCAUUGGUUCAUGCGCGCAUUGGUUCAUGCACGCAUUGGUUCAUGCGAGCACUGGGUUCAUGCGCACAUUGAGUAAAUGCGCGCAUUGGUUCAUGCGCGCAUUGGUUCAUGCGCGCAUUGGUUUAUGUGCGCAUUGGUUCAGCACAUAUUGGUUCAUGCAUUGGUUUAGCACGCAUUGGUUCAUGCAUGCAUUGGUUCAGCGCGCUUUGGUUCAUAUGCGCAUUGGUUCAGCGCACAUUGGUUCAUACACACAUUGGUUCAUGCGCCCAUUGGUUCAUGCGCGCAUUGGUUCAUGGGCGCAUUGAUUCAUGCGUGCAUUGAUUCAUGAACGCAUUGAUUCAUGCGCGCAUUGAUUCAUGCAGGCACACUGGUUUAAUGCAUAUUGGACAUGAUGUGCACAGGACUAAUCUUAUUCUGAUAAUGUGCACAACAAACCAAUAGUUAUGGUGAUGCAUUCUUUUAGAAUUCUGGAAGUUAAGCUGAAAAAAAUGAAGAUGAGGGAUAUUGUACUUAAUGUAAAUUAAACAAAUAAAACUGUGAAAAAAAUAUUUGUAGUGUCUAGAGGUUUCACUGUCCAAGUUUAGAUUAUAUGCUUCAGAUGAUUUGUUUCCAUUUUUUAUUUUUAAUAUACUAGGAACAGCUAGUGUGCACCAUAAAACAAUUCUGUUAUUGCCAUUUGUGAUGCCGAUUGUGUUAUAUGUUUUUGUUUGGAUAAAACUGUUAAUUUUGCCUCCAUUGUACUUUCUCUGCCCUGUAGCCUGUAGUGUCAUGUAUAAAAGCAUUAUUAUUUUAUUGUACGUUCAGAUUUUGUUUUGUAAACUCGAUUUUUUGUGUCCAUUUCAAAGGGAUGCGGGGCAAUUAAUUGUGCUAUAAGAAUAUAUGCUGCUUAAACUUGGGAAUGCUUGUGUAUUCGUGUAGUCAAAGGUAUACAAAUGUGUGUAAAUCUAGUGUCAUUUGCUUUUAAUAGUGUGCAUUACUUUCAUUCAAAGCAACAAAAUUGUGCAAAAUCUGAAGUAGGGUGCAUAAUAACUAACAUGUUGAAAUUUAAGUUCAGUGACUACAGAGAAAACAUGACCCAAUUCUCUUUUGGUUUCGUAGCUUGAUUCUAUCGCUAGGGCACAUAAAAAGUGUGCCUGCAGGCAUACUUCUUUAAAAACCGCACUCAAUGCUUGUGUUCUUCUGAAUGAUUUCAGGCAGAAUAAUUUCACAGGGAAUUUUGCACCAGCCCAAUCUUCACUUUGAGCACAGUAUAAUUACCAGUAAUCCUACAUGACUAUAAAUCACAAAGAAACAUUUGUAAGUCUGAAUUUUUAUUUAAAAAAAUCUUUACAGCAAGUAUGGUAGUUCUGACCAAGAAAAGAAUAUUAAUCCUUGUAGGAAAAACAGUUACUCACACUUCAUGUGUUAGUUUCAGGGGUAAAAUAAUUAGUAAUGAUAAGGAUUGGAAAAGUGUUGUCAGAUGAGAUUUACACUCGUUUUAGUUUAACAUUUUUUAUUAAUUGUUUUCCCCAAAGUUCAAUUUUUAGGUUUUAAAAGAAUUGUAUGUGCUUUGGAGGCCGACAUGUUCAGUCUUGUCUCCUUGUUUAUUUGCACUGAUCAAUUUAAUUUGUUAAUAUGACUAGGAAAUUAAUUUUUAAAUUCACGUUGUGUUAAAUAUUAAGCAUACUAUCAUGAUCCUGUUUCCGACACGGGGGACACAAUGUCAGAGCACUACAUUGUAUUUGGUGUGGGUAAAGUUGGAUAAACUCUGAGAUAUUGCCCAAACUAAAAGAUCGUUAUCGGACCUAUUCCCUCUCUCAAAAGAAGCCAAUGCCAAUCAAUUUGUGUUGAUUAUACUACGUGUACUGUGUACAAUGUGUGUUACCCACAACUUGGAAUACAAUAAAAGAUCAAAGUUGUGUUUUACUUUAACGUAAA